UCGGGUCAGUAAUCUAAUGCAGGUAUAGAAAUUUCGGAAAGAAAGUAAAUAUUGAGAUGGAAAGUGGAUCCUUUCAGCCAGGAACGGGCGUGGCACCCGCUACCCUGGUAGAGCUUUCUGUGUCAUGCAGGAAACUUAUUGAUGCUGAUGUGUUUUCCAAGUCGGAUCCAAUGGUGGUUCUUUUCACAGAAGAUCAAAGUAGAACAUGGCGAGAGUUUGGGAGGACAGAAAUUAUAUGGAACAAUCUGAAUCCAGAUUUUGUCAAGAAAUUUGUGAUGCAUUACUAUUUUGAACAAAGCCAGAAAUUAAAAUUUGAAGUGUAUGAUGUGGAUUCAAAGAGUGCAGACUUAUCAAAGCAUGACUUCCUUGGAAGAAUGGAGUGCACCCUGGGAGAAAUUGUGUCUGCAGGGAGCAAGUUUAUGAGGCGCCUCCAGGGCCACAAGAGGGACUGUGGGACGAUAAUAGUGGGGGCCGAGGAACAGAGCAGUUGUAAGGAACAAGCCACCAUGCAGUUCUGUGCCCAUAAGCUGGACAAGAAAGAUUUCUUUGGAAAAUCGGACCCUUUCUUGACGUUCUACAAAACAAAUGAAGAUGGCUCGUUCACGGUGGUUCAUAGAACGGAAGUCAUCAAGAAAACACUGAACCCAACAUGGAAGCCAUUCACGAUUCCUGUCAGGUCACUUUGUAACGGAGACUAUGAUAGAACCAUCAAGAUUGAAUGCUAUGACUGGGAUGCAGAUGGAGGGCAUGAUUUUAUCGGAGAAUUUAUGACCAACAUGAGGGAGCUAUCGAGGGGUCCAAGUCCUCAGAACGUGUACGAGUGCAUAAAUCCCAAGAAACAAGCAAAGAAAGGCAGCAAGUACAAGAACUCAGGAACGGUGGAGCUGAUGAGUUGUCGGAUAGAGAAGGUCUACUCCUUCCUGGACUAUGUCAGAGGAGGGUGUCAGUUACACUGUACCUUUGCUGUGGACUUCACGGCCUCUAACGGCGACCCUAAGUCUCCCUCCUCCCUCCAUUACAUCAAUCCGUACAGACCCAACCCCUACGCCAACGCUCUCAGGGCAGUCGGAAACAUCAUUCAGGACUACGACACAGACAAGCUGUUUCCUGCGCUUGGGUUUGGAGCCCGACUCCCACCAGAUGGAGUGGUCUCCCAUGAAUUUGCCUUGAAUGGUAAUCCAAACAAUCCAUACUGCCAGGGCAUCGAGGGGGUACUGGAGUCCUAUCAUAAAGCCAUACAGUCCGUGCAGCUAUACGGACCCACAAACUUUGCUCCCUGUAUCAACCAUGUAGCCAAAUUUGCUGCCCAGAGGCGUGAUGGUAAUGAUUAUUUUAUACUGCUGAUAAUCACCGACGGAAUCAUCACCGACAUGCCCCAGACCUGUGAAGCCAUUGUCAAUGCUGCCUCCCUACCUCUCUCUAUCAUCAUUGUCGGAGUGGGAGAUGCUGAUUUUGAAGCGAUGAACAUUUUGGACGGGGAUGAUGUCAGACUUUCGUCCCGCGGACGUUACGCUGAGAGAGAUAUUGUACAGUUCGUCCCUAUGAGGGAGUUUAUGGGUCGGGCGGGGGCGAACCCUGCCACUAUACAGGCCAUUCUUGCCAAGGAAGUCCUGGAGGAAAUCCCGGACCAGUUCCUGUCCUACAUGAAAUCACGCAACAUCAAACCCAAACCUCCGCUCCAAAGACAGCUCACCAUCUCAUCUGUGACAUCACUUCCUGUGUCCGAGCAAUGAUUGAUGGACAAUCUAUGACAUCACUUCCUGUAUCUGACAAUGACUUUUGUACAAACCAUAUCCUUUGGCAUUGAUUGUUGACAUUUUUCAGAAUUGUGUCACUGACCAUAAAUAGGAACUUUAACUUUAACCUUCAAAGCUGACAUUUCCUUUCUCUCUGCAGCAACUUUAGUAUUUGGAUUCUCGAAGUUCAGAGUUCAGAUCUUGUUAAUGAAAUUUUUGUAAACUGGUUUACAUUGAUCUACUAAGCAGUAAGACUUGAUGAAUCUGUGGCAUUCAGUCGGCUGAAUGGUAAAUGAAGGGUCUAAACAGGUGACCUAAUGGCAAAGAACUACCAGUUAGUUACAAUUCAGUCACUUUUAAGUUUAUUGAAUGCAGUUUGGUUUUCCCAUGACUAUAGUAAUAUAUUGUUCUUUUUAAGAACAGUUCUUUGAUCUGACGUUAUUCUUGUCUAUUCAUAUAUAUUACUGUACUGUGUCCUGUGUUUCUGGGCUUUUUUAAUUAGAUAUUAAUUAUUCAUUAGAUAGAUGGUUGUGUACACUUUGCAUAAUGCUUACAGCAAUAUAUGGAUAAUCAAGUUCUGUAUAAUGUAAAUAAAUUAUACUAGUUUUUUUUACCUUGUAUAUCUUAAAUCUUUACCUUUUUAAAUGCUUAAAGAUCCAUUCCAUUUUUUCUUAUUUUUUAUUGUAAAAAUUUCUAAUGUUAUAAAUUAGUUAAAUCAUCUUUCUAUUUUUGUUAAUGUUUUUCUGUAACUUAUACUUACUUGUGUUUUCUGUCAGUGUUUAUCUUCUUUGUAUACAUGUAGCACAGAGGCAUUCUGCCCAUAGUAUCAAGUCAGAAAACACACAACAUUUUGUAAGAUAUAAUUGGCAUUUUUUCCUGUAACUUUAGCCUGAUUUAGUUUUUUCUCCCUAAUCUUGAUCUUCAUCCUAUAGCUCUGGCUAGAAGCAUUUCUGCCUAUUGUAUUAACUUUGAGAUGCAGAACAUAUGCUACUAUUGGUAAAAGUUAGAUAACGACUUUUUUCUAAAGCAUUGACUACUGUAAUGAAAGCUGUCGUAUUUUAUAUCCUCAGGUUAGUUGAGCUUAUUGAUUUUAUUUCAUUUUGAUAUUGUCUUCCAUUUAUUGACAUGAAUUUACUUGGAUGUCAAACCUUAAUCCAUGUAUCUUAAUCUUAAUAAGUGCAGUUAUAUAUACAACUGCUUCUCUGAAAAGUAGGAUAUGAAAAUAUGAUUAUUUUGUAUGCAUAUGACUAUAAAUUUCAUUUUAAAUAAAAAUUUUAUACUGAAUGAAAAGUAUUUAUUACAUUACUUACAUAAAAAAAAUUUGUAAACUGAAAUGAAAAUUAAACUUCAAUGUGAUGAUUAUCGAUAUCCUCAUCUUUAAGCUUGUUUUUUAAGAUAGAGCAUUUUUCAAACUGUAUGGAUAUUGAUCUUUUUGGCCGCUACAGUUUAAUGAACAAAACAGUUAAUGACAUUGCAAUAGUUUAAUAUAUACCUGCAGAUUUAGAAGAUUAUUAUAAAUCAAGGUAGGAAUGACAUGAAUUGAACGCGUUUUGUCAGGAAUGUGAGAAAAGUGACAAUUUUUAAUUCAUUCAUUCUUUAUUUCUUUAAGCUUUGCAGCUCAUCAAAUUAUAUAAAUUAAACAUAGUAAAGUACAGAAGUAGGUAUUUUACAAGAAACCCUAGUACAUUCAUAAAUAUGAAAAAUGACAAGUAAAGGAGGGAAAAGAAUUAAAUCUAUUAAAGUCCUGUGCAACACUUUCAAUAAUGUCCAAUUGAUUAGUACCAUGACUGUAUGUAUAUAUAGACUGAGUAUUUACUUUAUUAAUCCAGGUAUGAUUUAUUUGUAUUUUAAUGGUGCUUAUUGGUUUGUGUUAUGUAUAUAUACUGUAUGUACAACCUUAUAACGUGAAUUAUCUUUAUCGUUGAUCAUUAUUUGAUUACGGAUUAAAACAAGUAAUCAGAGUAAUUAUUUAUACAUACAGACUUAUUUAAGUUUUUACAGACUUAUACAAAUAUACUUAUAUUUCUUUGAAGUGUAUGUUAAUUAUUGACACCCUUAUACCGCCCCACUGUUGUUUCUUUCCUAGCCUUUACCA